AAGGAAGAAAGUAAGAGAGAGAGAGAGAUAGAGAGAGGGAGAGAGAGAGAGAGAGAGGGUGGGAUCUAUCUAUCUAUUUCAAAGCGGUAAUUAACCCUUCAAAUUCUUGCAUUCAUUCUCUCAUAAUACCAAAUACACGCCAACUACAUAUCUUUGCUUCAUUCUUCUUUAUUCCAACCCAAUUUCCUCUUCCUAUAUAGAUCUCUAUCUUUCAUCCUCUCUUUAUUCCUACUUUUUUCAACUUGGGUUCAAGUUACUAGCUAUAUACAAUUUAUAUCAUGGAAGGUGUUGUUGUGAGAAGGGUCAUUCCUUCUGAUAAUAGUUGUUUGUUUAAUGCAGUUGGAUAUGUUAUGGAUCGUGACCAAUCCAAAGCUGCUGAGUUGAGACAGGUUAUAGCUGCAACAGUAGCAAGCGAUUCCGAGAAAUAUAGUGAAGCAUUUCUUGGGAAGCCAAAUGCAGUGUAUUGUAAUUGGAUUCUCGACUCAGAGAAGUGGGGAGGUGCAAUUGAACUUUCAAUACUAGCAGAUUAUUAUGGACGUGAAAUUGCAGCGUAUGAUAUCCAGACAACACGAUGUGAUCUGUACGGUCAGGAAGGUAACUAUUCUGAAAGGGUAAUGCUGAUUUAUGAUGGUCUCCACUACGAUGCUUUAGCUAUGUCUCCUGUCGAAGGUGCUCCCGAGGAUUUCGAUCAGACCAUAUUUGCUGUACAAAAAAACAGAAGCAUUGGACCUGUCGAGGAGCUUGCUCUAAAUUUUGUUAAGGACCAACACAGGAAACGAAGAUUUACCGACACUGCCAGCUUCACUCUGCGCUGUGGCGUAUGCCAAAUUGGAGUUAUCGGGCAAAAGGAGGCAGUAGAGCAUGCUCAAGCAACCGGUCAUGUUAACUUUCAAGAAUAUAGAUGAUACACGGCGAGGCAUAAACUUGUAUGUGUAGUCUCAGUUGGUCCGAAUGAGUGUUGUUGUUGAAAGAUAGUUGCUUGCAUACCUUCCACUUUUCCAUUUUACUCUCCUUGAUUAAACAUUUAAACUGAAUAAUCUGUAUGCCUUGGAACUGUUGUGACAAGUUGUGUUGUAUAAUCAUAUAGUUCCUUUCCUUGGUCUAUCAAUAGACAAUCAAAAUAUUUACAGUACAAGAUAUUAUCAUCUUUUAUGCUUUCUAAUCA